AUGACCAAAUUCAGGGGUUGUAUAGACAUUCAUUCAGGCCAAGUGAAACAAAUUGUGGGGGGCACUUUGAAAGGAGACGACACCGACAAGUCCAAUUCAACAACAACGGAGAAUUUUGUUUCGACCAAACCCUCUUCAUAUUAUGCCCAAUUAUACAAAGAAAAUAAGUUGAGAGGAUGCCAUGUGAUAAAGUUGGGAACUAACCCAGAGAACGAUGCAGCAGCUAAGCUUGCCUGUCAGUCGUGGCCUAAUAGUUUACAAGUGGGAGGGGGAAUCAAUUACGAUAAUGCACCAGAAUGGAUUAACACUCAUAAAGCAUCUCACGUUAUAUUAACGAGUUGGUUAUUUAGUGAUUUGAAAGGUAAACUGAAGAAAUGUUUUGACUGGGAGAAGUUGGCAAAAGUGAGUGAAUUAAUCGGGAAAGAUAAACUAAUAGUUGAUUUGAGCUGCCGAGAAGUGCAUAAUGACAAUGGUGAUAGUGAAUGGGUUGUUGCAAUGAAUAAAUGGCAAACCUUGACAGAUAAUAGUUUAAGUUUUGAGUUUUUAGAGCAAGUGAGUAAAUACUGUGAUGAAUUUUUAAUUCAUGCUGCUGAUGUUGAAGGAUUAUGUAAUGGGAUUGAUGAAAAAUUAGUUAAGAAAUUAGGCGAAUGGUGUCCUCCAGGGUUUGAAGGGAAAAUCGUUUACGCUGGUGGAGCCAAACUGGUUAAUGAUUUAGAGACGGUUGCCAAGUUGAGUAAUGGAAAAGUUGAUUUAACUUAUGGAAGUGCAUUAGACAUAUUUGGAGGAAAAUUAGUUAAAUUCAACGAUUUAAUACAGUGGAAUCAAAGUCAUUAA